AUGGCGACGGCUACCUCGGCUCCCGGCUCGAGUGCGACGCCAGUCAGGCAUACGCUAUCUCUGUGGCACCAAUCUCCGACACUGCCAUUGCUGGAAACAUUGCCGAGCUCGGCAAAUGUCCUCAUCUUCAUCCCAGGUCUCACCGACACACUAGGGACGGUGCCUUACCUCGAUGAGCUCGCCACCAACAUCGCGGAGCUCGACUUUAGUCUGGUGCAGCCCCAACUCUCGUCGUCGCUCGGCGGCUUUGGCCUCUCCUCGCUCGAAGCAGACGCACAGGAGCUGGAGCUUGUCAUCAAGUUUCUGCAGGAGCAGCGAAAGAGCCGAGAUGGCCAAGGGACGCCUUCUGGGCUGGGGAAGGUGGUCUUGAUGGGCCAUUCGACGGGGUGCCAGGACAUUGCCCACUUUUUUGCCCUUGCUGACCGGCGGCGGAGCCAGGCAGUGCACGGUGCCGUCCUGCAGGCGCCCGUGAGUGACCGGGAGGACUUUGAGUGGGGCGCACAGACGGAUGCUGGAAGGAAAAGCCGUCUGGAAGAGGCCACUCGCCUGGUCGAGCAAGGCAAGGGGGCCACCCUCCUGUCCCGAGACAUUCUCCCACCUCAGCCCCUUGCCAAAGAGAACGAGGCAGGGAACCGAACGCCCGAGGUGAAUGGGCAAGCCUUUGAGGAGCCCGCAAUGACGGCGUAUCGCUAUUGGUCCCUCAACGCAAAGGGCGGCCACGACGACUACUUUUCCUCGGACCUUCCUGACGACCGGGUCCGCGCCAUCUGGGCAAACAUCGUUGGCUCGCCGAGUGAAGGCCCCAAACGGCGAGUGCUGGCCCUUUUGGGAGAGAAGGACGAGUUUUAUCCGCCGUCCGUCACGCCGCAAGCGCUUGCUCAAAAGUGGAACGCCAUUGCGGGCAACGAAGGCGAAUUCAACGCGCUCGUCGUGCAAGGCGCCAACCACAAAGUAGACGAGCCGGCCGCCAAGAGCAACCUUGUCAGAGCCGUAGUUGACUUACUGCGACACGUCGCUGCCGAUACCGCAGAACAAGGAGGAGGCAACUUCGUCGCCGCAGAAUCACACUCGGACGCCAGCAGUGCUGCUCCCACGGCAGUAGCGUCUGGACCUGCACCCUCUUUUGACGAGAUUGUCGAGCUCAUCUCGACCGGUCAAGCAGAUAGCAUUCCCGGCAUCCGCAGCAUUCCUCUCAAGAUCAACGAAGCUUCGCCCAGCCAAGCCACGAUGCAGAGACCUCCCAAGCCAUGGGAAAGCAAAUAA